CCACUACAAUGGCCUCCGCAGUUAACUGUGCGAACCGUCAGAGGGUUGAGGAAACACUUGAAAAAUUUGUUUCAUUCGUAGAUCGUCACCAAUGGGUUAUAAUAGUGAACACAGUUAGUUUCUUCACGGAGAAAAUGUGGGAGCGCAUAAUCGUCCCGCAUUUCGGCGACGUUGCCAGGCAAAUCAUUCACCUUACAGAAGGGGAGAUUGCGCGCCUCCCCACAGGCCACCUGCCACGCCAAAAUGACAAGGAAAGAGAACUAUCUGCAAUCCACCUAUUUAUCGAAGAGUGUUUGGAACAUCGCUUGGAAAAUACCAAUGUAUUGUGUAACGUGGAUGGCGUUUUAAAUGAACUGGGAAGUGGAAAAAGUCAGAUUCAAGACAAAGAGUUGUCAUCUUUAUCAACAGUAAAGCUAGUGCAACCUAGGGCUUUAAUGAACAUUAAAAAGUCACAUGAAGUUAAAGAGAUGGCAAGCUUUGCAGCCAAAUUGGCCUUGAUACAUGAGGUUCAAAAGGUAGUAGAUAUUGGCAGUGGCAAAGGAUAUCUUGGACAGUAUCUCUCUUUACAAUGUGGAUUAGAUGUCAUUGGAAUUGACUCUUCAGAUUCAAACACACAUGGUGCCAUAGACAGAAAUUGCAAGCUUCAGAAAAACUGGCAGGGAAUUUCAAGGCAUAGCAUGAAUGCCCAGCAAAACUGUAGCCAAUUAGAAAAUCCAAUAGAAGCAUUCAAGGAAAAAUUUACUACAAAAACUCACAAGUUGAAGGAAAUACAAAAGUUUGUGAAGUGUUCAGACAAGAUGUCUGACACUUCGUUGAAGAUAGAUCGGUGUAGAUCACAGGCUUUGGUGAAUAUGCAUGAAAGCAAUAGCCAAUCAGAAGGAUCUGAAGUUUCAGCAAGUCAUAUGGUGAAUUGGUCACGCAUCAGCCAAUCAGAAAGUGCUUUUGAUGAUGUACACCAGAGGCUUAUGAAUAUACAGCAGUCUGAUAGCCAAUCACCAGCCACAUUGACAUCAAAUGAGGCAUCAGACAUCAGUCAUGAGAUGAGAAUAAGUAAGCAUCUACAGAUGAUUGAUUUAUUUUCUGAUGAUGAUUGCCCAGCUGAGGUAAACAAACCCAAGUGUGGAUACAAUCAAACCAAUCACAACUCUGAUAGUGACAAGAAAGAAAACAAUCCAGCAACUCAAGAAGGAUGGAAUUCCUCUUCUAACAAUUCCCCAUGCCAUGGAAAUGGUAAUGCAACAAUGAAUGGAUCUCGUUUCUAUCCGGUUACUGCCUUUGUUGAACCAAGCACUACUCUCACCAGUAUGGUAUCUCAAAAUGUAGAGGAGGCUGAACAGGACAAGGAAAUUCCAUUUAUGUUGGUCGGCCUCCACACAUGUGGUGAUCUGGCCCCUUCAACUUUACGUCUGUUUGUUCACAAUGAUACGGCUCGUGUGCUCCUCAAUGUUGGCUGCUGUUACCAAAGACUUUCAGAGGAAUUUGAGACAGAGGGCUGGACCAUCCUUGAGACUAAACCAGAGUUGUGUGGAUUUCCCAUGAGUCACUUCCUUAGGUCAAAGGGCACCAAGAUAAAUAGGCCUGCACGGAUGCUUGCUAGUAUGGCUGCAGAUAGAAUAGCCACAUCUCAAAUAGUGCCUGCUAUGGGCCUGUUCUAUCGAAGUGUGCUUCAGGUUCUGCUUCAAGACCACUAUAGACUCCCUACAAGAUCGGAAAAUGUUGGAAAGCUCGCUCCAAAGUGUCGAUCCUUUCUUGAAUAUGCCAGAAAAGCUCUCAAGAAACUCCAGUUUGAUGAUUCUAAGCUUUCAGAUGCAGAGAUCUGUACCUAUGCUGAACGCUUUCAACCUUACUACUACCAGCUUCAAGCCCUCAAUCAACUCAGAGUGGCCCUCGCACCAACUAUAGAGGGCCUCUUCUUACUAGACAGGCUCUGCUAUCUUCAGGAACAGACCAGUAUACACAGUGCAGCUCUAGUCCGACUCUUCGAUCCAGUCACAUCUCCACGGUGCUAUGCUAUCCUAGCAACAAGAUGAUUCCUUCAGGAAUGUUUGAUGACAAAACUUCAUGAGCAAUUCCUCAAAGGUUCAAGAGGAUUUCAAGCUUAACAUCAACAUGGCAGGUACAUGUAUGCUCCACACCCCAAGUGGAGCAUUGGUGUGUGUCAUACCCACCUGCUUUCCCUGACAUAUUCCUUCCUUUAUUUGCCCAGUGAAUUUGUCAACAAUUCUUUGCAUUGGAGACAAAAGAAACAUUUCGAUCAAGUCAAAAAAUUACUGGAAUGAUCAAUGAAAUGCCAGAAAAUGAAUUUUAUGAAACAUUUUUCAUUUUGAGAUGUUACGGAAGGAAGAAUACACUUUUCAAGGGAGUUAUUUUAUUACAUGAGAAGAGGGCUAGUUUAUUUCAAACAGAUCUGGGUCUCGAUCAAUGAGCCCA